CGCCGGAGCCUCCUUAAAACUCUGCCGUUAAAAUGGGGGCGGGUUUUUCAACUCAAAAAGCGCUCAAUUUUUUUCUUUUCAAAAAAAGCUGAUGAGGUCGGAAAAAAAGGAUAAGAAACCGGCACCGUCCCUUCAGAGGCAAUCGUAGCAGCAGUUGCUUCAGCGGAAAAAGAAGCAAAGGAGGGAGGGAAGGGAAAAGAUCCUAAAGGAAAGACGCGCAAGUGCCUGUAGCGGGGAAGGGAGCAGCGAACAGAGAUUUGGGGGAGUCGGACUACAAAAGAAACUGUCAGCCGCGGCUUGCGACCGGCCGGCGCAGCCUGCGUCGACUCCGGGACCCAACUGGCUGGCAGCCGCUGUCCUGUCCGCGGCACGGAUAGGGGCACAGGCCGGAGGACCGCCAAGAACUAACUGGCCAAGUGGCACCGAGCGCCCGAGCUGCUGGGCGGCCGCCAAGAAGUCGGCGGGACUGGCUGCGCCCGGGAUCUGUGGCGACCGCUCCUACUUCCAAAGACUCUUCCCAUCAUCGGAGGCCCCGGGAAAAUCUGAAAGGGAGGGAAAGACCACUGCGGAGGCGACGGCCGCCCCCUCAGCGAGCGCUUGCAGCGGAGAGCCGGAGCUAGCUCGGUCGUAGGCGGGAAGUUACUGGUGAGCUGGCCGAGUGCAAGCGCGAUGCUACCGCGAGCUACCCCAGCGGCUGGAGCCCCAUAGACGCUUCCCUCUUCGCCCUGCACCGUCCUCAGGCUGCCGGGAGUCCCGGGACCCGGCGGGGCCGGCAUGACGGGUUUGGCGGGGGUCUGCCGCACACCCACCAGCCUCCGGAGACCCGCGCCCUGCCCGGCUCCCACGGCCUCUGAGGCUCGGCGGAGCUGCGGCAGCCCGGCGGGCGGGCUCCGGAGGCUCUUCUGAAGACGCCGAGCCCGCUGGGGAGUCGUUGAGACCUGAGAGUUGAGGGCUUCAGAACGGUUGCUCUGGUCUGCCCUCAGCGAUCGUCUUUAACCCUCCCGAGCACGUCAGCAUCCAGCCAGCGCGGCGCUCUGCUAGCGAGCAGCACUCUGAACUAUCCCCCUUCGGCUAGACGGAUGGAAAGUGAGCUCUGCGGAGGACCUGACUCUGAAAUACUGCCUCAAGUCACCACUGUGAACAAGGGACCCUAAAGAAUGGCCGAGCCUUGGGGGAACGAGUUGGCGUCCGCAGCUGCCAGGGGGGACCUAGAGCAACUUACUAGUUUGUUGCAAAAUAAUGUAAACGUCAACGCUCAAAAUGGAUUUGGGAGAACUGCGCUGCAGGUUAUGAAACUUGGAAAUCCGGAGAUUGCCAGGAGGCUUCUCCUCAGAGGUGCUAAUCCCAAUUUGAAAGAUGGAACUGGUUUUGCUGUCAUUCACGAUGCUGCCAGAGCAGGUUUCCUGGACACUGUACAGGCUCUGCUGGAGUUCCAGGCUGAUGUUAACAUCGAAGAUAAUGAAGGGAACCUGCCCUUGCACUUGGCUGCCAAAGAAGGCCACCUCCCUGUGGUGGAAUUCCUUAUGAAGCACACAGCCUGCAAUGUGGGGCAUCGGAACCAUAAGGGGGACACCGCCUUCGACUUGGCCAGGUUCUAUGGAAGAAAUGAGGUCAUUAGCCUGAUGGAGGCAAAUGGGGUUGGGGGAGCCACGAGCCUGCAGUGAAUGUGUGGAGGUCUCUUCCACUGCCCUCACUUUGUCCGUUAGUUGGUUGGCUGUCCUGUUUUACUAUCACUUAUUAAAAUAUAGGGUUUCCUUUUGCUUUGUUUUCAUAUUUUAAGCAGCUAGCCAAAUCCUUCGGAAACUGCCUAAGUGGAAAUCUUACUACAAGUUUAUGAAAUAUUUAAACAUCUUUUUCACUGUCAAAAUUCUGAUUUCUAACAUGUAUUAGCUAUUCCUUUUUUCUGGAUAUUUUAUCUUUGAUUUUUUUUCUUUGCUUACCCUUUGCCAUUCUCAAUGUCUGACCUGAAGACUUUGUUUUAAAAAUUAUUUGUCCUGAUGCAUCUUUUGCCUAAUUAAAACACAUUUUUUCAGAAGAGGA